CGUUUGGCUUUGAAUCUUCAUCUGCAGGCCCUUCCUUCCAUAUACCUUGAUAAACUAUUCAAUCAGUAUGUAGCUAUCAUCAUUCUCUCGGUGACUUUUGUUCUAGCUUUUGGGGAGGUUAUUCCACAAGCAAUUUGUACUAGGUAUGGUCUUGCUGUUGGUGCCAACUUUGUAUGGCUCGUGCGGAUUUUAAUGAUAGUCUGUUAUCCAAUAGCAUAUCCCAUUGGAAAGGUUCUGGAUUGGGUAUUGGGACAUAAUGAGGCUUUAUUUAGGCGUGCUCAGUUAAAAGCUCUUGUCUCCAUCCACAGCCAGGAGGCUGGGAAGGGGGGUGAACUUACCCAUGAUGAGACUACAAUUAUCAGUGGAGCUCUUGAUUUGACUGAGAAGACUGCUGAGGAGGCUAUGACUCCUAUUGAAUCAACCUUUUCUUUGGAUGUAAAUUCAAAGUUGGACUGGGAAGCGAUGGGAAAAAUUCUUGCUCGUGGUCAUAGCCGAGUUCCUGUCUAUUCUGGAAAUCCUAAGAAUAUUAUCGGGCUUCUUCUAGUCAAGAGUCUACUCACAGUGCGUCCAGAAACGGAGACCCCUGUCAGUGCUGUUUCUAUCCGGAGAAUUCCAAGGGUUCCAUCAGAUAUGCCUCUUUAUGAUAUACUAAAUGAGUUCCAAAAAGGCAGCAGUCAUAUGGCUGCUGUUGUCAAGGCCAAGGGAAAAGGCAAGAUUAUUCCACCAACAAUUGAUCAAGAGAAACAUAAAGAGUCCAAGAUUAAUGGUGAGAAUAUGCAGUUGACUACUCCAUUGUUACAGAAGCAGGAUGAGAAUUCAGGAAGUGUUGCUGUUGAUAUUGACAAGCCUUCAAGGCCUGCCAACUUCAAUAAGCAAACUGCUUUGCAACGUGGUGAUGCUCCAACAAGUGGUCUGGAGGAUAUUGAAGAUGGUGAAGUGAUUGGUAUCAUCACUCUAGAAGAUGUAUUUGAAGAACUUCUGCAAGAGGAGAUUGUAGAUGAGACAGACGAAUAUGUUGAUGUCCACAAGAGAAUACGUGUGGCUGCAGCUGCUGCUGCUUCCUCAGUGGCACGCGCUCCAUCAGUGCGGAGGUUGACUAGCCAGAAGGCAGCAGGAGGUCAAACAAAGCAGGGGCCAACCCCAAAGAAAUCUGCUGAAGAUAUCCUGAAUUCUGCAAGAUCUCAGAUAAAUUCUGGAGAGCCCCAUGCGAAUAGGGGUUGAUCCCUCCUCUCGAAUAAAGGGAUCUGCAUUAUGUAUCAGCACUAUGCAAUGUGAUGUUAAUAUUUUUGUUUGAUCUUCCUGUAAUAAUACGUUAUUAAUUUUACUUGGGAAUAAUUGUUCAAAGAUUUGGUUUGGUUCGAUUUUGAGCAAAAAGCUAAACCAAACGAAACAAUUGAUUUGGUAUAAUUGUAGACCUCUUUGGUUUAAGAUGA